AGGCGAAGGGACGAAGCCUCGAGGGCCGGCGGCCCCCCCGCUCGAGGCUUACGGCGGCUCCCCCCGCGCCCGGCGUCCGGCCAUGUCGAGCACCGUGCCGUACAUCGGCAGCAAGAUCAGCCUGGUGUCCAAUUCCGACAUCCGCUACGAGGGGAUCUUGUACACGAUCAACACCCAGGAGUCGACGAUCGCGCUGCAGUCGGUCCGCUGCUGCGGCACGGAAGGCCGGAAGAUACCGGAGAUACCGCCCUCCAGCGAGAUCUACGACUUCAUUAUCUUCCGCGGCCAGGACAUCAAGGAUCUCACCGUGCUGGAGAGCGCCAACCCGGCACUCUCGGCGCAGCUGAACGAUCCCGCCAUCAUGUCCGUGAACCAGCGGCCCGCGGGGGCCGCCGCCGCCAGCAAGUCCUCCAGCGGCGGAAAGGGAGCUGCCGCCGACAAGGGCGGCAAAGACUCAGGGGGCUACGGCGGCGGCAAGGGCUCCAGCUCAGGGGCCGGGUACGGAGGUGGCAAGGGCUCCACCAACCAGUCCAACAGCGGCGGCAAUUGGAGCGGAGGCUGGAGCGGCGGCUGGAGCAAGCCGGACGGCCGCAGCAACGACCGCUCCUACCGCAGCGGAGGCUACGGCGGCUGGGACUCGGGCGCCAGCUACGGCAAAGGCUCGGGGGGCAAGGGCAAGGCCGCAGAGGCGCCCAAGGGCGGCAAGGCUGCCGGCAAGGGGAAGGACAAGGGUAGUGGAAAAGCCGAAGGCAAAGGCGGAAAGGCUACCGACAAGGGGAAAGCCAAAGAUGGGAAGGGCGACAAGGGUGGAAAGAGCUUCGGCAAAGGUGGCAAAGCCACCGAGGGCAAGAGCUCCAGCAAGGGCGGCAAGGCCAGCGAGGCUGGUGCCGGCGGCCGCCGUGGUGGCGGCGGCGGCGGAGGCGCGGGCGGCGACUCUUCGGGCGGCGCCCCAGUCGGUGAGCUGUUACCUUCGUCCAACGAGGCAGAGAAGACCAAGUACGCGGAGGAUUUCGACUACGAAUCCGAGAACAAGAAGUUCGAGGGCGCCAAGAAGGGCGUGGAGGGUGAGGAGGUGGACGAUAAGCUGAAGCCCCUCAGCGGUUACGACUCCAAGUCGUCUUUCUUCGAUAACAUUUCAUGUGAGGC